UAGGGUGGGGGGUCGCGAGUCCUCUGCGGUAGACGACCAAGCCGCGCCACGUCGGGAAACCAGGAUGGAGAGUAGGUGCUACGGCUGUGCUGUUAAGUUCACCUUUUUCAAGAAGGAGAACGGCUGUAAGAAUUGCGGCCGGGCUUACUGUUCUGGCUGCCUUAGCUUCAGCGCAGUGGUGCCCCGGGCUGGGAACAGCCAACAGAAAGUCUGCAAGCAAUGCCAUGAGGUCCUGACCAGAGGAUCUUCUCCUGCCAAUGCCUCCAAGUGGUCACCACCUCAGAACUAUAAGAAGCGUGUGGCAGCCUUAGAAGCCAAGCAGAAGCCCAGCACUCCCCAGAGGCAGGGACUGACCAAGCAAGACCAACUCAUUGCUGAGCGCCUAGCACGGCUCCGCCAGGAAAAGAAGCCCAAGUCAGUGCCCUCACAGGCAGAGAUAGAAGCCAGGCUGGCUGCGCUGAAGGAUGAACCCCAGGGUUCCAUCCCUUCUACCCAGGAGAUGGAGGCGCGGCUUGCUGCACUUCAGGGCAGAGUUCCACCUGCUCGGACCCCCCAGCCGGUGCAUCAGACACCAGACACCAGGACCCAGGCCCAGCAAGCACAGGAUCUGUUGACACAGCUGACAGCAGAGGUGGCUAUUGAUGAGCGCUGGGAACGAGGAGGCCAAGGUACCUCCAUCCAGAAUGACCUCAACCAGGGCCAGAGUACUGAUUCCAAGGGGCAGGCCACCUGCUCCCUGGACGGGGAGAAGAGCAGGCUGCUGGCUGAAGCAGCGGCCAAGCUGCAGGAGGAGAACACGAGGCAGGAGCGGAUCCUGGCCCUUGCCAAACGCCUGGCUGUGCUUCAGGGACGGGACCCUGACAGAGUGACCCUCCAAGACUAUCAUCUCCCAGAUAGUGAUGACAGUGAGGAUGAGGAGAAAGCCAUCCAGAGAGUCCUGCAACAGCUCACUGAAGAAGCUGCCCUGGAUGAGGCGAGUGGCUUUAACAUCCCUGCAGAGCCAACUCUCCAAGCCCAGGCCAAGGCCUGCAGGGCAGAGCCUGAGGCACAGGCUACAGCCCCCAGGCCUGCAGCUGAGGAAGAGGAGCUCCCCUGGUGCUGUAUCUGCAAUGAAGAUGCCACCCUGCGCUGCGCUGGCUGCGAUGGAGACCUCUACUGUGUCCGCUGCUUCCGGGAAGGCCAUGAUGCCUUUGAACUUAAAGAGCACCAGACAUCUGCUUACCACCCCCCACACGCAGGCCAAGUGCACUGAGGAAACCCUGGUCUCCGGCAAAGGCAGUCACACAGGCUGCGACAGCCCCUCUGGGCCCAGCCUCAGGGCGUCUGCUGGGAGAGCAUGUCAGGCUAGACUGCUCAGGGGUGCACCUGUCCUGCGCCUCAGUGUCCCUGGGAAGAGGAGGGGCUUUCCAUCAGAGAUGCUGAAUGGAGGAGCCAGAGGCAGGCAGAUGGCGGGAGCCUUCUACCAGCAGAGCCUGGACUGGAAACCAACUUGAAUCUGAGGAUGAGCCUUGAAACCUGCUCAAGGGCCCUAGCACUUAGCGUAUCAAAUAAAGCGUGUUCAUUCCUUGGG